AUGGACGACGUAGAUCUUCGUAUGCUGCAGAAUAUCGAAAAUCGGAACAGUAAAAUUGUAGCUGCAAUAAAUAGCUUUCGAAAAGAAAUUGGUAACUGCCUUCAUUCAGGACAAAAAGACGAGAAUUUCGACAAGAGAAAGAAAAAAGUUGAUCUGUUCUCCCUCAUCCCCAUUCUUAAAGACUAUUCAGUUGAGCUUGACUAUCUUCAGUCUACAUGUCUCUACGAGAUCUUUUCAAAGUCUGCACAGCUUUUUCACAAUCUGGCAGAGCUUCAAGUGAGAAGUGAUAUUCGCGUUGAGCAAAUCUGCGAUGAAAUUCAUGGCUAUUCCGAAAUCGAGAAAACUUAUCAAAAAACACGAGAGAAAGUCAACAAGCUUAUUCUUGAUUACGAUAUCGCCUCUAAGGCUUUCGAAAAAGAAAAAUCUCAAAUUCAUCAAGAACAGUUGGAUGCGGCAUAUGCAAAGAUGGAGAACGGAAAGGAUCAAAUGAUCACAGAUGCAUUGUUGUUUUCAUGCCGCGAGCAGGAUAUUACGAGAAACGUUGUUGAAUAUUUUAAAGAGAAGAAGCGCUUUCAUGAGGAAGCGUUGACUCUUCUCGAUUCAGUCAUCCCAAUCUUUAUGGACACAGUUGCUCAAGCUAGACCAUCUCCAAUUUUUGGUGUAGACUUGGAUGCCCACUUAGAAAAAUACCAAUGCCGCAUUUCGUAUGUCAUCGAGAAGUCAUGCACUCUUCUCCGCCAAAUAGGGUUUGAGGAAAAGGGAAUAUUCCGCGUCAAUGGAAAUAACUACAAAGUACGCCGUAUCAAAGCCGCAUUUGAUUCUGGACAGUAUGAAGCCGAUGAGAACAAUUAUAUCCAGGAUCCGUUCUCUGUCGCUUCGGUUCUCAAAAGCUAUCUUCGCGAACUUCCAAACCCUCUUUUAACCAACGAAUUAUAUGAUAAAUGGACCGAGGUUGCAAAGAUAAAAAACGAGGAAGAGAAAAUUGUUGCUAUCGAGAAUACUUUGAAAUUAUUGCCACCAACUUACCGAGACAAUCUUGAAUACCUAAUGCAUUUCCUUUAUGAUCUUCUCCUCAAUGAACAGAAAACAUCAAUGUCAGCAUCAAAUCUCGCAAUUGUGAUGGCUCCAAAUUUGAUGAGCAUGCAAUUGAGUGGUUGCAACUCAGCCGCUACGACUAUCGUUGAAUCGUUGAUCACAAACGCGCCAAGAUUCUUCUGCUUCGAGCCACAAGUGUUGCGCGAGAAUUCGGUGGAUAAGCCUAGAAAUGAUCUGGCAGAAUUCUCCACCUCUUCUCCAGCUUUUACAAGAAAUAUUAAAAGUGCUAUCAGCCCUCGUUCAGCGCGACCGAAGGAUAAGGCGCCGCCUCCGCCACCCACUGGCGCUUUACAGGAGACUUCAAGUGAUAUGUCAAUUGAUUUGAUUGACUUCGGAAAUCGCAGCGUUCGCGCACAAUCAGCUUCGGAUUGUGAUGAGUGGAGUGAUGAGAGUGUUCCUUCAUCUCAAAACAAUUCUCUUACGAGAAGCAUGACCGAGAAGCGUCCAAAUCGUCCACCGCCACCGUCGCUUCGCAAUCCUUCUGAUAUUUUGCAAAGCCGCCCGAUGAGUUAUCAAAUAGCAGUGUCACACGCAGAGAGAACAAAACAGGAAGCCCCAGAAGAGAGUGGAACAAUGCCGAAAGAAAUUGAAGUCCCACCUGGCGAUGCUAAUAUCGCAGUAAGAAAGGAAAUUGAAAUUCCGCUGUCGGAUGCACCACCGACGGCUCCAGAGAGAAAGCGAAUGAGCUUCAUUGGAAAACAGAACGUCACAACUCCAAAGCCAACGUCCACAAUUGUUAUCAGUGCUCCGAUUAAUUCGCAGACCCCCUCGGGAGCAUUGAGUACGCAAACAGAGAAGAAUAUUGGCCGCGCAAGUGUGAGGGAUGCCGGAAAUAACAGAACGUUGGUCAGUCUUGACGGCGAACCGGUUAACAAACCGAAACCGCCAUUGCCUGCAAAACCUAAGGAUUUGCUCGACAAGGAAACCUCCCGUCUCUAA